GCCGCGGGCGACCUCGCAUGCGGCGACCGAAGGGCUGCGCUUCCAUGUCUGCGACCGGUUGCGCGCGGUUACUUUCUCGGCUCCCCUCACGCCGGUUCCGCUGCGGAUGCCCUCUUGCUCUCCGAAGCCGGGCCGGCGGCCUGAGCCGGGCGAGAAUCGCCUUCUUCGCCUCGUCCUCCAAUGGCAACGAGGACUCGGGCGUCAAAAGCCCGGACACGUCCUUGUUCGUGCCUCUGCAGGUGUCCCCGCAAACCUUCGCCCCGGAGAUCGACGUGGGAGCCGAGCUGACCAGCCCGCUGAAUAAGAAUGAAGUAUUGAAGACAUUAAAUAAAUUUUGCAAGAGGAGAGAAGUUCAGAAACUGGCAGCAGAAAAUGGACUAGACGCUCGUCUUUUUCAUCAAGUAUUUAUAAGUUUUAGGAAGUACAUUAUAGAGUCUAGUUUUCUGGAUCCUGAUCUGCACAUUAUUCUCAAUGAUAUAUGCUGUGGUGCAGGUCACGUUGAUGAUCUGUUUCCAUUUUUCUUGCAACACUCUAAGCAGAUCUUUCCUAUGCUGGAGUGUAUGGAUGAUCUACGUAAAAUCAGUGAUUUAAGAUUGCCUCCAAACUGGUAUCCGGAAGCCAGGGCCGUUGAAAGGAAAAUCGUGUUUCAUGCUGGCCCUACAAAUAGUGGGAAAACCUAUCAUGCAAUCCAGAGAUAUUUAAAAGCAGAAUCCGGAGUAUACUGUGGUCCUUUAAAGCUCUUGGCUCACGAAAUCUUCCAAAAGAGUAAUGAUGCUAAUGUACCAUGUGACCUGGUUACGGGAGAAGAACGAGUCUGCAUUGAUCCUGAAGGGAGAUCAGCUGCCCAUGUGGCUUGCACCAUUGAGAUGUGCAGUGUUAAUACACCUUAUGACGUGGCUGUGAUUGAUGAAAUUCAGAUGAUUAAAGAUCCUUCUAGAGGCUGGGCCUGGACACGUGCACUCUUGGGACUCUGUGCAAAAGAAAUCCAUGUUUGUGGUGAAGAGGCUGCUAUUAACUUAGUGACAGAGCUCAUGUAUACUACAGGAGAAGAGGUUGAGGUGAAAAGGUACAAGAGGCUUACUCCCAUCAAGGUUCUGAAUAAAGCUCUUGAAUCUCUGGAUAACCUUCAUCCUGGAGACUGCAUCGUUUGCUUCAAUAAGAAUGACAUUUAUUCAGUGAGUCGACAAAUUGAAUUCCGGGGCUUGGAAUGUGCAGUCAUCUAUGGAAGUCUUCCACCUGGAACAAAACUUACUCAGGCAAAGAAGUUCAAUGAUCCGGAUGAUCCAUGUAAAAUCAUGGUUGCCACAGAUGCAAUUGGGAUGGGUCUCAAUUUGAGCAUAAAAAGGAUAAUUUUCAACUCCCUAAUAAAACCACAAAUCAACGAAAAAGGAGAAAAGGAAAUGAAUAAAAUUACCACUUCACAGGCACUACAAAUUUCAGGCCGAGCUGGCCGAUUUAGUUCUGCAUUUCAAGAAGGGGAAGUUACUACCAUGCAUGCAGACGACCUCGUUCUGCUAAAGAAGAUUUUGAGUGAGUCCGUGGAUCCUAUAGAGGCUGCUGGCUUGCACCCCACAGCUGAGCAGAUUGAGAUGUUUGCAUAUCACCUUCCAGGAGCCACUCUGUCAAAUCUCAUUGAUAUUUUUGUCAGCCUCUCUCAAGUUGAUGGACUCUACUUUGUCUGCAAUGUUGAUAACUUCAAAUUUUUAGCCAAAAUGAUUCAACACAUUCCACUCCAUUUGAGAGCAAGAUAUGUAUUUUGCACAGCUCCCAUUAAUCAAAAGGAGCCUUUUGUGUGCACCUCACUCCUAAAGUUUGCACGGCAGUUCAGCAGGAAUGAGCCUGUGAUGUUUGAUUGGCUCUGCCGACAUAUUAACUGGCCCCUGGUCCCACCCAAGAACAUCAAGGACCUUGUCCAUCUUGAAGCCGUUCAUGAUGUUCUUGAUCUCUAUCUCUGGCUGAGUUACCGGUUCAUGGACAUGUUCCCAGAUGCUAGUCACGUGAGGGCGAUUCAGAAAAAACUGGAUGACAUCAUACAAAUCGGAGUGUUGAAUAUUACAAGACUGAUUCAAGCUUCCCAAGUCACUUCGGAGGCAAUGGGGAUUCCUGUGGAGAGCCUCACAACUGACGAUAGGCCUGCAGAAAUGACAGAGAUUUCCACAAGCAAAGCGAUGGCCCCUGGCUCCCGCAGAGCAAAAGGACCUAAAGCCAGGACCUUACAGUCUGCGGGAGCGCAGCUGGGCUCGAUGAAGGGUCCCCUGACUGAAAGACUGAUACAGCAGGGGCUGCUCAGCAAGGAAGUGCUGAAGCAAUUGGAGAAGGAGUGGCUCGCUCAACAGGAUGCUCCCCCUGAAGUUAAUGAAAGCAGGAGCUCAAACAAACACAAGGACAAAAAGAAAUGAAGCGAUGCCUCUGCUUAAAAUAAAAACAAAAGUAGUUUCUUAAGUAUUUUGUCUUCUGAUCUUGCCCAGAUUUUUUUUUAAAAGAAAUCUCACUACGAAUAAGGGGAGAUCUGUGAGUUUUGUGCAUCUGCAUCAACACAGCUUCACAGAAGCCAACACAACUGCAAGGAAUUUUCCCUUUCAAUUGAAAUGAGAGAUCAGAGAGCACGGCUAUAAUAAGGAGAAAAGGAGAAGUUAGGUCUCAAACCACUGAGGGAUUGCAAUGCCAGCAUAAUACAGGUAGUCCUCAACUUUUGAGCUCAAAAUAUAUGUUGCUAAGUGAGAAAUUUGUUUUGCCCCUUUUUACGGUCGUCUUGCCACCUUUGCUGAAUGAAUCACUGCAGUUUUUAAAAUUAGUAAUACUGUUGUUAAGUGAAUCUGGUUUCCCCAUUGACUUUGCUUAUCAGAAGGUUGCAAAAAGUGAUCCCAUGACCACGGGACACUGCAACGGUCAUAAAUGUGAGUCAUUUGUGAAGUAUCUGAAUGUCAAUUGCAUGGCCAUGGGGAUGCUGCAAUGAUCAUGUCACAAUUCACUUUUUUUUCAGUGCCGUUCUAACUGUGAGCGUUCACCAAGCAAACUGUUGCAAGUAGAGGACUACCUGUAAUAGCUGAAACAACUGCAUUUCAAUUAAUGUAGAUCAGGGGUCUCCAAACUUGGCAACUUUUAGAAUUGUGGACUUCAAGUCCCAGAAUUCCUGGGCCAGCAGCUGGCUGAGGAAUUCUGGGACUUAAAAGUCCACAAGUCUUAAAGUUGCCAAGGUUGGAGAUUCCUGAUGUAGACUCCGGCUAGGAAAUUCUGUCAAAAGAGCCUAAAUAUUGCUUAAAUGUUGACUGGUUAGCACUGAGUCAUGUUUGGGCUUGUUCCAUAACAAUGGAGCUUAGCUCAUCAGUCCGCUGCUUCCUCAGAGUACGUACUUCAGCAGAUAAAAGCGGUUUAAAUGCUAAUAUACAACUUGACCAGAAAUCAGAUUAGGAGACUGGCCGCUUGGUUGAUAUCUACUUCGGCAGAGAAAUCAGCAUUUUUAAAGUGUUCCACAUGAACAGUUAUAUUUUUUGGGGGGAGGUUAUUUUUGAGUUGGAAAAAAAUCAUAAUCAUACCUAAUAAAGACUUCUGCCUUUUGAAAACA